AUGAGCGUUCUGUGCACUCCAGCGGACUGCCAUUAUUUGGGAGAAUGUACACAACCGAAUUUCCCACCUCAGAUUGUAUUUUCUCCGGAUAACGGUCAAACAAUAAUUGCAAUUGAUGAAAUAAAUCAACAAGCAUAUCAAACAAUUAGUUUUAGUCCUACAGGACGAGAAACUUCAUAUGUUAUGAAACAUUUUCCAUAUGCAAUUCCUGAUUCACUUCAAUCAAAAUAUUAUGUUCAGUUAUUAGUAGACUUUCCAUCAAAUAAUUGUAUGUAUGGAACAUAUUGGAAAUAUGGUGGAAAUACAUUUAAUUCAUUUCCUUCUUCUGCUCAAAAUGAAGAUUAUUGGUAUGCAAAUGUAACAUGUCAAACUGACAGUGGAGGAAUUUAUCCAUGUGAAGAAAUUUAUUAUAAUAAAAAUACCGAUAUUCCUCUUCGAUCAACUCGAGUUACUCGUCGAGGAUGGAAUGUUCUACAGGUAACAACAAAUUAUAAGAUAAUAUUGGUGGGAAAACCAGAUAACAAAUAUUUUGAUUCAAUACCCAGAAACUGGUUUGUCGCUUGUCGAGAUGUUAUGCUUGGCCUUUUAUAUUAUCCACAAACAUCAAAAAUGAGUUUACAUCAAAGUGAGAAAGUUGAAAUUUGGCUUAUAACUCCUCCACAUCGAAUAAAUAACAAUGAUACUGUUCGUAUUCAAUGGAAAUCAACUGAAUGUGAUGAAUGUUUUACAUUAUCACUAGAAGAAUUAUCUUUUAAUAGUGAAAAUUUUCAAGAAAAACAAACAUUAACAAUAACUCGUGUGAAAGAUGGACCUAAAACAACUCUUAUUCCGAUUUUUUAUGGGCAAUGUGUACAACCAUGUUUUCCACCUCAAAUUGUAUUUUCUCCUGAUAAUGGACAAACAAUAUAUGCAAUUGAUGAAAUAAAUCAAAGAGCUUGUGAAGCAUUUGCUGUGAAUCUUUCAUUAAGAGAAACUUCAUAUGUUAUGGAACAUUUUCCAUAUGCAAUUCCUGAUUCACUUCAAUCAAAAUAUUAUGUUCAAUUAUUAGUAGAUUCUCCACCUCGCGUUUAUUAUUGGUAUGCAAAUGUAACAUGUCAAACUGACAGUGGAGGAAUUUAUCCAUGUGAAGAAAUUUAUUAUAAUAAAAAUACCGAUAUUCCUCUUCGAUUUGUUCAAGUUAUUCGCCUAGGAUGGGAUGUUGUUCAAGUAACAACAAGUUAUAAAGUUAUAUGA